UCUGCUCUGUCCCGGCCGCCCGGCACGGCCCCGCUCUAUGGUGCCAGCCGGCGGUCGGCCGGAAGCGGCGCCGGGCGGAAGUGAGGGUCGGGGCCAUAGAGAGCGGCGCGGGGCGGGCCAGAGCGGCGCUGCGCGGCGGCGAGGUUUGUUUCUGGAGUGAUGCUGUGGAAAGGACCCACUUAACCUCCCACAAUGCCCUUUUCUGACUUUGUCUUAGCACUGAAGGACAACCCCUACUUUGGGGCUGGGUUCGGCCUCGUCGGGGUGGGCACAGCCCUGGCGUUAGCCCGGAAAGGGGCCCAGUUUGGGCUGGUGGCUUUCAGGCGCCAUUAUAUGAUCACCUUAGAGGUGCCCAGCAAGGAUAAGAGCUACCACUGGCUGCUGAACUGGAUCUCCCACCACGCCAAGCACACGCAGCACCUCAGUGUCGAGACAUCCUACCUGCAGCAUGAAAGCGGACGUGUCAGCACCAAGUUUGACUUUGUCCCCAGCCCUGGAAACCAUUUCAUCUGGUAUCGCAGGAAGUGGAUUCGCAUCGAGCGCAACCGGGAGAAGCAGAUGAUCGACCUGCACACAGGGACCCCCUGGGAGUCUGUCACCUUCACUGCACUGGGCACCAACCGGGAGAUCUUCUUCAAUAUCCUCCAGGAAGCCCGGGAGCUGGCGCUGCAGCAGCAGGAGGGGAGGACGAUCAUGUACACGGCCAUGGGAGCAGAGUGGCGGCAGUUUGGCUUCCCCCGCCGUCGCCGACCUCUCAGCUCCGUGGUGCUGGAGGAAGGUGUGUCAGAGAGGCUGGUCCAGGACGUGAAGGAGUUCAUCGACAACCCCAAGUGGUACAGCGAGAGAGGGAUCCCCUACCGAAGAGGUUACCUGCUGUAUGGUCCACCCGGCUGUGGGAAAAGCAGCUUCAUCACAGCCCUGGCCGGGGAGCUGCAGUACAGUAUCUGCCUGCUGAGCCUCAGUGACCGCAGCCUCUCUGAUGACCGGCUCAAUCACCUCUUGAGCGUGGCACCACAGCAGAGCAUCAUCCUGCUGGAGGACGUGGAUGCUGCCUUCGUCAGUCGGGACCUUGCCGCUGAGAACCCGGCUGUGUACCAAGGUAUGGGGCGCCUCACCUUCAGCGGCCUCCUCAACGCACUGGACGGUGUGGCCUCCACGGAGGCCAGGAUUGUCUUCAUGACCACCAACUACGUGGACAGGCUGGACCCAGCGCUGGUGCGGCCCGGCCGCGUGGAUCUCAGGCAGUACGUGGGCCAUUGCUCCCGCUGGCAGCUCGCCUGCAUGUUCCAGCGCUUCUACCCCGAGCAGCCCCCGGCCGCAGCCCAGCGGUUUGCGGAGCAGGCUCUGGCCGUCUCCAAACAGAUCAGCGCCGCCCAGGUGCAGGGCCACUUCAUGCUCUACAAGACGGACCCUGAAGGUGCCAUUUCAAACGUAGGCUCCAUCCUGCUCUGACCAGGGGCCGGCUUUCCCCUGCCACGCUGCAAGGAUUGGGACAAGGACCAUCCUGGGGAUGCUGUGGAGAUGCCCAGCCAUGCAGGCCAGGUCUCUGUUUACCUCUUCUCACCAAGGUCUUGGCUUUUUAUUAAAACUUGUGGAGAGCCAGAGCUGCCAGCUCUGCAGCAGGAAGAGGGGAUGGGCUCUUGCUGCUCCCCAGGCUCGGGUGCUCCUGUGGUGGCCCCGCUCACCAGCAUGUGCCUCCUGCUGGGAUUGCCAUUAAGCUGCUGAGGCUCCUGGAUGUGAAUCCCCUUCCUCGUGGGGCAGUCUGGGAUGCCCCAGAUGGGCAUUUCCCUGGGGCAGGACAUUGGGGUGCUGCACUGCUAAAGAGAUGCUGGUCUUUGAAGGGAGAAUGGUCUCCACUGGUGUUUAAAUAUCCUCUGUGAAGUGCACAA